AUGUUGGCAGUCUGUUUUGAUUGCCCAGGAGGCCCAGAAAACCUCUAUGUGAAAGAAGUGAUGAAACCACAUCCAGGAGAAGGAGAAGUUCUUCUGAAGGUCUCAGCCAGCGCUCUGAAUCGGGCCGAUUUACUCCAGAGGAGGGGGAAGUACCCUCCCCCCAAAGGAGCAAGCGAUAUUUUAGGCUUAGAAGCAGCCGGGACCGUGGCUGGGCUGGGACCUGGCUGCCAGGGCGGCUGGAAGGUUGGCGACACAGUGAUGGCGCUGCUCUCCGGAGGUGGCCAGGCAGAAUACGUUACCGUACCCGAAGGCUACCUGAUGCCGGUUCCCAGUGGUAUGACUUUCAUUCAAGCUGCUGCCAUUCCCGAAGCCUGGUUAACAGCCUUUCAGCUGCUGCAUUUUGUAGGGAAAAUACAGAAGGGCGAGAGCGUGCUGAUCCACGCUGGAGCUAGCGGAGUUGGUACGGCUGCCAUUCAGCUGGUGAGACUGGCAGAAGCUAUUCCCAUCGUGACAGCAGGGAGUCAGGAGAAACUGAAAGCAGCAGCAAGCGCCGGAGCAGCUGCGGGGUUCAACUACCAAAAUGAAGAUUUUAGUGAAAAGGUCUUGGCGUUCACCCAAGGUGUGGGAGUAGAUAUUAUUUUAGACUGUGUUGGUGGCUCUUACUGGGAGAAGAAUCUCAACUGUCUGAGUACGGAUGGCCGGUGGAUUAUUUACGGACUGCUGGGUGGAGGUGAAGUCCAUGGAGACUGGCUUGCAAGGCUGCUUUCCAAAAGAGGGAGCAUCCACACGAGUCUGUUACGAUCACGAGACAAGGAGUACAAGGAACGGCUGGUGAAAGCCUUCACAGAAAACGCGCUGCCCUAUUUUUCUGGAGUACCUUCCCCUUGCCUCCAACCGUUUGUCGACAGUGUUUACCCUCUGCAGGAGAUUGCAGAGGCACACAGGAUCAUGGAAGGAAACAAGAAUAUUGGCAAAAUUGUCAUCGAAAUGCCUGCCUCACCUUAAGGUGAGGCCUAUGCCGAGGUUG